AUGGAAACAACACAGGAGUCGGUGUUCUCAAGCGUGGCCAAGAAUAUUGUUGAAUCUUGUAUGAAUGGCUACAAUGGAACCAUCUUUGCAUAUGGCCAGACUGGGUCAGGAAAAACCUUUACUAUGAUGGGACCAUCUGAUUCUGAUAAUUUCACUCAUAGUCUGAGAGGUGUAAUUCCACGGAGCUUUGAAUACUUGUUUUUUCUAAUUGAACGUGAAAAAGAAAAGGCUGGCAGUGGAAAGAGUUUUCUCUGCAAAUGCUCAUUUAUUGAAAUCUACAAUGAACAGAUUUUUGACUUGCUAGAUUCUGCUUCAGCUGGACUCUUCCUCAGAGAACACAUCAAGAAGGGAGUCUUUGUUGAUGGUGCUGUUGAACAAGUGUUGUCAUCUGCUGCUGAAGCGUACCAGUCAAGAUCACAUGCAGUUUUCACUAUCACAGUGGAAUCCAUGGAGAAAAUCAAUGAGGUUGUUAACAUUCGGUCUUCCCUGCUCAACCUGGUAGACUUGGCAGGAUCUGAGAGACAGAAAGACACCCAUACAGAAGGACUGAGGUUAAAGGAAGCAGGCAACAUAAAUCGAUCACUAAGUUGCCUGGGCCAAGUAAUCACAGCACUUGUUGAUGUGGGUAAUGGAAAACAGAGACACAUUUGUUACCGGGAUUCCAAGCUCACUUUUCUGUUACGGGAUUCUCUUGGUGGCAAUGCAAAAACAUGUAUAAUCGCAAAUGUUCAUCCGGGAUCUAGGUGUUUUGGUGAAACACUGUCCACUCUUAAUUUUGCCCAACGAGCGAAGUUGAUUAAAAACAAGGCUGUGGUAAAUGAAGACACACAAGGAAAUGUCAGCCAGCUGCAAGCUGAGGUCAAGAAGUUGAAAGAGCAGCUUGCUCAGCUUACUUCAGUGCCAUCUGUGCAUGAUAUUUCUGUAUUACAAGGUGCUGUUGAAAAAGGGAAGAACAACAUAAAUUACAUGAACAACUUCCUUGAAGCAAUGUUGUUCUGGGAGAAAUCAGAAGGCGAAAAGAAGAAUUUAUUAGAAAAAAUUGCUCAACUAGAAGAUCUGUGUGCCAAGAAAGAGAAAUUUAUUCAGUCCAAUAAAAUGAUAGUUAAAUUCCGUGAAGACCAUAUUGUUCGCUUGGAGAGAUUACAUAAAGAGGCUGGUGGAAGUUUAUUGCCAAAAGAACAAGAUGAUCUCCUCAGUGAAUUGAGGGAGGAAUUGCAGACACUCAGAGAACAGAUGGAACAACACCCACGAAUUGCAAAGUAUGCCAUGGAGAACCAUAACCUCAGAGAAGAGAAUAAAAAGCUUCGUUCUUUACAGUCAGUUAAGAAGGCUCAAGAAAUUGAUGCUCAGACCAUUGCAGAGCUAGAAAAAGCUUUUUUGGAAGCUUCAGCCACAGAGAAAUAUGCUGGAGGUCAUCAUUUAUAUUCCACCACCAUAUCAGUGGAUGGCAACUCACUGGCAUCUGUUGAAAGGCUGAAAGCACGCCUGCUGCAGACUCAAAGUGAACUGGCAAGUUCAAAACAAGAAUAUGAAGAAUUUAAAGAGCUAACCAAGAAAAAGCAUAUGGAACUGGAAUCGGAGCUUCAAUCCCUCCGGAAAGCAAACCAACAUCUUGAAAACAUUCUGGAGGCAACCAAAGCACACAAGCGCCAAGAAGUCUCUCAGUUACAUAAGCUACAUAGAGAAACUCUUAAGAACAUAACCACCCCAACAAAAGCUUACCAGCUAAGAUCUCGCCUAGUCCCACGAAUAAGCCCAGAAAUCUUAGAUUAUCAUUCUGAAGAUUUUCAGUGUCCUGAAGAGAAGAUGGAUGAUAUUUUGAAAGAGCCAGUUCCCCCAGAGAUGAAUGAACAAGCUUACGAGGCCAUUGCUGAGGAGCUCAAAGUGGCACAGGAGCAACUGAGCACAAUGCAGACAAAGCUGGAUGAAGAAGAAAGCAAGAAUAUAAAACUCCAGCAGCAUAUUAAUAAACUGGAGCAUCAUUCUGCACAAAUACAGGAGCUUCUUUCGUCCGAAAGGAAUGACUGGAGUAAAGGGCGCCAGGAGCUCCUUGAACAGAUAAAAUUGCUUGAAAAGCGAUUGCAAGACAGUCAAAGCAAGACUGACAUAUUAAAAAGUGAAGUCUGUGACUUGCGCAUUGUCCUGCAGUCUGCAGACAAGGAGCUGUCUGCUGUAAAAUUGGAAUACAGUGCCUUUAGAGAAAAGCAGGAGAAAGAAAUGAGUCAGCUUUCUGGUAGACACAUGGAUGUACAGUUCCAGCUGGACAGUGUCAGGCUAGAACAUGAAAAGAUUCUUGAAGAAAAAGCAAGUCUGCAGGAUGACUAUGACAAUUUGCAGGAAGUAGCAAAGUUUGAGACCGAUCAACUGAAGCAACAACUUGAGGACAGAAAACAAGAAGCAGAAGCAAUGAAAGCUGAGCUUUGUAGCCUUUUGAAACUCCUGAAAACAGAAAAAGAACAUACUGAAAAACUAACAUUGCAAUUGCAAGAAGACAAAGAAAACAACUCAAAGGAGCUCUUUAAAGUACUUGAAAAAGCACAGGUGGAGAAACCAUCCUCUGAAAUGGUGGCACGAAGUGAGCAGCAGGAAGCAAAACUGCAGAAAUUGGAACAGGAGCUGGCUGCUGCUGAAGAGAUUAUUGCUUCUUUGAAGAAGACAAAUGAUACUGAUAAGGAAGUUGUAACGGACUUGAUGAGACAGAUCCAGGAGCUGAGAUCUUCAAUAAAUCAUAAAACUGAGUCCAUAGACGGGCUGACAAGAGAGCUCGAGGAUAUAAAUUGCAAGUAUAAUCUUGUUCUGGCUGCAAAAGAAGAAAGCAAAGGAAUCAUAGAGGAUCAGGAAAAGAAGCUUGAAGAACUGAGGGAAGCCUUGGAGAGAAGACAAAUAGCUGAUAACAUUGAGAGAGACCUUCUGUGUGAAGACUUGUAUCAUACCACUGAUCAGCUGAUGAGACUGACAGAGGCCUCUAAGAAACAUGAUUCAUUGCUUCAGUGUGCACAGGAAGAUAUAAUGAAGAAAGAAGCUCUAAUACAGGAACUCAGGGAACAGUUGGACAAAAUGACAGAAGAACUGGAGAAAAGGAAGAAUGAAUAUGAACUAAAAAUGAAGCAAAUAGAUUGCUUUGUGGACUCAUCUUCAGUAACAUUUCCUGAGUGUCCAAAAACUCCCCCUAAUUUCGACGUGAAUUUGGCAAAGCUCUUGGAAACUCACGAGCAAGAAAUAGCUGAUCGGAGGGCUUCUGCAAUAAAUCUGGAGCACCUUGUACAUGAACUGAAUGAAGAACGAAGAGCUAAAAAUGAUGAAAUUCUAAGGCUGAAGGAGCAGUUAAAUGAGUUGGAGAACUUGCGUCUGGAAAUGCAGAUAUUGGUGGAGAACAACAGGAAUUUACAGUGCCUUGUAGAAGCUCAGAGACUUAGCAAGAACAGUGAUCAGAAACACCCUGAUGUUCAGUAUCUCAAAGAGAAAGAGGAGGAGAUUGCUGAAGAACGACUCGCCAAGAAUAAAGCAGUGGAGGAGAUGCUGAAAAUCAAAGCAGAGUAA